AUGUAUCAAACUGACUGCUUUAUAAUUUUGGCUGUCAUCUGCACACUGUUGAAAGGUUUUGAUUCAGAGCCUUGCUCAUCUUAUACGCUUAUCAGUGGACAAUACAAGCGGUCGAUUGCUUACACAAUAAAGUCAACAGACAUUGCUGUUAGUGACAACUUCCUGUCUGAAGGAUGGUAUCGAUUUGACAGCGGUGCUGGAAAUGAUAUGGUAACACAGGCACCUACAGUGACACAGUGUGGUACUAUAUACCCAAUAUGGAUGCAAGGUACAUUGCCUACUGAUAUUGAUGGUGAAGUUACAAGAAUUGCAUGUAUUGUAUCAUUUUUGGGACAAUGUUCGACACAACUCACGAUCAGGGUAAAAAGCUGUGCUGGAUAUAGGGUAUAUUAUUUGGUAAAGCCUCCACAAACAUCGACGGGAUAUUGCAUAGGAACAGAAUCACCGUGUCCAGUUGGACAGACAUCAAACACUAGCUUUACUCCUUGUGAAGAUAUGCCUCCGAUAAGCACAAUUCCUUCCGUAAACGUAUCUUUGGAAUAUUCGGACACACCAGGUAUUAAACCAGUGGAACCUGUGUUUAAGUGUCUGUUUGAUGAACCCGAUGGUGGUCCAUUCUGGUACGAUACCUACUGGUAUAUCAAUACAGACCUUGUCAAAGUAGUAGAGUCUCAGCUUUCUAUGAGCAACCAAAGCUGGCUGUACCCCAAAGACUGGGUGGACAUGUAUAAUUUGAACAUGGUGGUAAAAUGUUCAGUACGAGGUCGAUAUUCUGAAAUUAGUACUCCUGGUCAUCACAAUUAUAGUGAUGAUUUCCUAGCCGGGUUGUUUCCCUCCUCAUUUUCAUAUGGUGUCAAAGAAGGAGAAACACUUAAUUUGACAGUUACGGUCCCAGUGGGAUGCUUUGGUGAAGACUUCCGAGAACUUUGUAAGGCUAGCAUUUAUAUUCUUACCCCCACGUAUCAAUCUUCUGCAAGCUCAUGUCAAAAUUUUAGUAAUCAGGGUGAAGUAUCUUUCGACGAAAACGGAUGUGGUAUUCUAAUUGAGAGCUCUACCUGGUGGGAGGAAAAGGUUCUCAAGGUUACGGGGAAAACGGACGGGCUCAUCAAUGUGAGGGAUCGAGACGUGUUUAUUAGGUUAGGUACUAGGACAACAAAGACUGCAGAAGAUUUAUCAGGUGUAUGGAACAAUUUAACCAUGCCUGAUAUAAGGAUAUUUCUUCACGACGAGGACAAAAAAUUAGCAAACAUGCUUUGCUAUGCAAAUACUGAUCCCAGAAUGCAGACCUUUGAUGGAACACCAUGGAGUGCUUAUUUGGCAGGGGAAUUUGUAAUGUACAGAGACAGACAGAGACUCAUAUCUGUCCACGCUCUUUUUUCAUCUUGCAUAUGGGGUGGACAAGGAUUUUGUGGUUGCGGAAUUGCUGUCCGAGUGGAGAACUCUCUGUUUGCAUAUCGUACAUGUCAAGAAAUAUCCAACAGUUAUAGUAAACCUCUUGUCCAUCAUGACACCGUGUAUCAUAUCUGUGACGAUCGUCACAUGGUAGUAGACAUAGGAAACCCAUGGACAAAGAUAAUUCUUCCAAAUGGAGCUAUUGUGGAAUAUCAAAUAGGACAAGAUUGGCUUUAUAACAUCCAUAUUACACCUUCCAUCUUUGAUGAGGACAAUGUUGAGGGGUUGUGUGGAAACCCAAAUGGUGAUACUACAGACGAUUUCAUACCUCAAGGAUCAUCAUUUCCCACUGAUAAUUUCCCAAUCUUUCAAGACAGUUGGAGAAUCGAUAUAAAUUCAACAGAGAGCCUUUUUGGGGUUUCUACAGUGUUUAACAUUAGUUACUUCGAGUUGCAAAAAUACUGUGACUGUGCAGACGAAUUUUCACAGACUAAUGCCGAUGAUCUCUUCUCUGAUUUCUACGCAGCAAACUGUUCUAUAACUACAGAAGCUAUCUUGUGUUCUGAGAAAACAACUUUUCAAAGUUUUACAUCAACGUGCAGGCAAUACCAAAAUCGAUAUAAACGAGAUGUCAAUGAGAUGGAUUUUGAACAUCAAAUUGAAAAAAGAAGUGUAGAUAGUGACGAUAUCAUUGAAGUUGCACCUUUGACCAUAGAUCCAAAUUUUGAUCCAAACGUUAUUCCCCCAACACCUUCGUGGAAAAAUGGUUGGAAUGAAUCGUCAGCUCGUGCAUACUGCGAGAACAUCAUUCUCAAUAACCAGGCCCGUAUUAGUUGCCAAACUUACGUCCCGAUGGAAAAAUCAACUGAUAUAUCGUUAACACAGUGUAUGGAGGAUAUAAGGGAUAGUGGAACAACAGAAUUUUCGAAAUACACCUUGGAAUCUCUGAACAAGUUUUGUUUUGACCAAAUUAAAAAGCAUGAAAAAUAUCACAUCAAAAAUGACACUGAAGAAGGUUCUGUCGUAGAUAUAAUCGGAAAGCUAGUUUGCCCUAAUGACUGUUCCGCCAACGGAAUCUGCAAUGAAGGCCAGUGCAAGUGCUUCAGUUCCUAUAUUGGAGCCGACUGUUCACUCACUCACUCAACACCACCUACAAAUGCAACCUUGCCGGAGAGCGGAUUAUGCAGAACUAGCAAACGAGCAUGUGCGAAGACAAACAUAUAUGGGUUUUUUCAGUCAGAUGUUGUAUAUGUUAAGUUGGAGGAAUUCGAGAUAACAGAUUUGGGGAGGACAAAUACGCUAUCAACAGAAAUCGUUCCAGCAACACCUUCAAGUCCUACUAUUUUAAGAAUCGACUUUCCAACUCCCAGUCGUAAAAAAAGAUCCUCCUCAGGAUAUACAUAUGGACGCGGUUUUCAGAUUAGUUUAUCUUAUGAUGAAAUACACUUCAGUGAAUCUAUGACAGUUAUCAUAUACAAUGACGCAUGUUACAGUUGUAGUGCUUCAACACUAACAUGUAAUGUAACGUCAACAUGUGAGGAAUCCAUAACAAAGAACAACACAGACAUACAGUCAACCACAGUGCAUGGACAAAAUGUCGACCAAUUUUCUGAUGGUUCAAGCACUCCGCAAUCCGCCCCGUCGGAAGAUAGUAAAAUUCCACUAGCCUUGACCAUCAGCCUUUGUAUAAUUUCUGUGAUUAUCCUUGGCGUAGUAUGUGUCUUACUAUAUCUAAAGCUAAAACCGAAUACUCAGUUAAGCCCAGCUAUAAAUUACAUAAAAAACCAACCACCUGAAUGUGGACAACCCCCAAUUCAACACUACGAGACCUUGAAAUAUGACCGUAACAUUUCCCCGCCUCCUGAUUACGAGUUUCCCAGUCCACCAGUUGCAGACACCUUUAAAGCCAAACCAGACAGCAGACCAAAGACAGCUUCUAGUCUUGUUAUUUCUUUUAAUUAGAUACCAAAUACACUAAAUGAAGUCACAUCUGAAACAAAAUAACAACAUACCAGUAGAUGUCAAAAGAGUUUUGAAUCUUAAACCGAGUCGUCCUUUUAUUGGAUAUACAUGAAAAAAAACAUAACUAAGUUUCAGCAACAUUUUUUGAGUAAUCUUUAGAAUGUUAGGACAAUAUAAUAAGACAAAGUUGUAGAAGCGUAUAAUUAAAAGUCUUAUUAGUUGAUGUAUUCUUUUGUGACUGUUUUAUUUUUUAUCGCUUAGAUAGGUUUUAUAGCUUGAACUUUUUUACUCUUACAUAUGUAUAUGUUGGAGUGAUAUUAAUAUGAAACUGAUUUUCUAAUCUUUUUUUCCCUUAAGCUCUUAGACAUUAUUGUAUUUCCUUUAACAUAUCGAUAUCAUUCUGAAUGUAGUAGCACU